AAGGAGGUGAGAGACAGACAGUAAGAGGGACAGGGAUAGUGGGAAAGAAAGAGAGAUAGAGAUGGAAGGAGAGAGGGAGAUAAAGAGAUAGAAAAUGAAGAAGAGAGAGAAGGAGGAAGAGUCAGAAGGAGGGAGUAAGAGACAGAAGGUCAGAGAGAGGGAGCGAGAGAAGAUGUGAUAGAGGGGAUGAGAGAGAGAGAGAGAGAGAGAGACAGUAAGAGGGACAAAGACACAGAAAGAAAGAGAGAUUCGAAGAGGGAGCGGGAGAGAAAAAAGGAGCAAUAGAAGGAGGAAGGGAGGGGGAGAGACAGAGAGAGAGACAGAGAGGGAGAGAGAGAGAGAGAGAGAGAGUAGCAGAGGGAAGUGGAGCACUGAGGCAUUGAGGUGUAAAGACGCACACAGAGACACCACACCUCGAGCAGAUAAACGACAGAACGAACGGUGCAGAGAAGGAGGACAAGGACAAAAAAAAGGAGGGAAACUGACAAAGGACAUAAAAGAGGACAGAAGGAUGGACAGAAGAUCGGAGUAAUUCGGAGAACUCACUCUCUAUUUCUCCACGAAGAAAGGAGAGAGAAGGGAGAGAGAACGAGAGGAGGAAACAGUUUGAACAGAAACGAGGGGAAUCCCUCCUUCAUUUUUUACCCCAUGGGGUAGCUCAGUCCAAACUGACCCCCUCGACUCAGAGGAUGGAAUGAGGAGCGAGAAGGGGGGACAGACAGACAGACAGACAGAGAGACAGACGGAGACAGAGACAGAGACAGAGACACGCUGACAGGAAGACAGACAGGUGUGUCACCAUGCCGGUGAUGAAGGGGCUUCUCGCCCCACAAAACACUUUCCUGGACACCAUCGCCACUCGCUUCGACGGCACCCACAGCAACUUUCUGUUGGGGAACGCUCAGGGUCACCGUGGUUACCCCAUUGUUUACUGCUCGGACGGGUUCUGUGAGCUGACAGGCUUCGCCAGGACAGAAGUAAUGCAGAAGAACUGCAGCUGUCGCUUCCUGUACGGCUCCGGGACGAACGAGCAGGUGGCACAGGGCAUGGAGAAAGCACUGGAGAGUAAAGAGGAAUACCAGGCUGAGGUCCAGUUCUACAAGAAGGACGGAACAUCCUUCUGGUGUCUGCUGGAUAUCGUUCCCAUAAAGAACGAGAAAGGAGAGAUGGUGCUUUUCCUUUUCUCCUUUAAAGACAUUACAGACUCGCACGGAAAGAGCCACCAUGGUGGCAGGAGAGACGAUGAAAAGCAUCACAGCAGGAAGAGCAGCAGCUCUCGGUUCAUUGCUGCUCGGAGGCGUGGUCACUCCGUCCUCUGCCAAAUCACCAGCCAGUUCAAACGUGGAGGAAAGAAUGACGUCAACCUCAGUGGAAACAUGUUCGAGAAGCCAUCACUUCCGGAGUACAAGGUUGCGGCGGUGCAGAAAUCCCGCUUCAUCCUUCUCCACUACAGCAUCAGCAAGGCAUUGUGGGAUUGGAUGAUCCUCCUGGCAACGUUCUACGUGGCUGUGACGGUGCCGUACAAUGUGUGCUUCACGCCGUAUGUGGAAUCGGACACGGAGGCCAGGAGCACCAUCGUCUCGGACAUCGCCGUGGAGAUGCUCUUCAUCCUCGAUAUCAUCCUGAAUUUCCGCACCACCUAUGUGAGCCAGUCCGGGCAGGUGGUUUACGAUUCUCGCUCUAUCUGCAUCCACUACGCUGCUACGUGGUUCUUCGUAGAUUUGGUGGCUGCGCUGCCCUUCGACCUCCUUUAUGCCUUCAACAUCACUGUCACAUCUCUGGUUCAUCUGCUGAAGACGGUACGUCUGCUGCGACUGCUGCGUUUGCUUCAGAAGCUGGAUCGUUACUCUCAGUACAGUGCCAUGGUGCUCACACUCCUCAUGUCCAUGUUCGCUCUGCUCGCUCACUGGAUGGCGUGCAUCUGGUACGUCAUCGGACGGAAGGAGAUGGAGCGCAACGCUAACCAGCAAGACUGGGACAUCGGUUGGCUGCAUGAGCUGGGAAAGCGCUUGGAGAGCCCAUACGUGAACAGCACGUUCGGAGGUCCGACGGUACGAAGCGCCUACAUCGCAUCUCUGUACUUCACCCUCAGCAGCCUCACCAGCGUCGGAUUCGGAAAUGUAUGCGCUAACACAGACGCCGAGAAAAUCUUCUCCAUCUGCACCAUGCUGAUCGGAGCUCUCAUGCAUGCAGUGGUGUUCGGAAAUGUGACGGCUAUCAUCCAGCGCAUGUAUUCCCGCCGCUCGCUGUAUCACACGCGCAUGAAGGAUCUGAAGGACUUUAUACGAGUCCACCGACUGCCACAGCAGCUGAAGCAGCGCAUGCUUGAGUAUUUCCAGACCACCUGGUCCGUUAACAAUGGGAUCGACGCUAACGAGCUCCUGCAUGAUUUUCCGGACGAGCUCCGAGCCGACAUCGCCAUGCACCUGAACAAGGACAUCCUGCAGCUUCCUGUGUUUGAAGGCGCGAGUCGCGGCUGUCUGCGUUCGUUAUCGCUGCACAUCAAAACCUCGUUCUGUGCACCGGGCGAGUAUCUGAUCCGCCAGGGAGAUGCGCUCCACGCUAACUACUUUGUCUGCUCUGGCUCCCUGGAGGUUCUGAAGGACAGCAUGGUGCUCGCUAUACUGGGAAAGGGUGACCUGAUUGGCUCGGACCUACCGGGACAGGAUCAGGUGAUUAAGACGAAUGCAGACGUGAAGGCACUGACGUAUUGCGACCUGCAGUACAUUAGCGUUAAAGGGUUGAGGGAGGUGCUGGAGCUUUAUCCCGAAUACGCCAGCGUGUUUACUGCAGACAUCCACCACAACCUCACCUACAACCUGAGAGAGGGUAGUGAGGCUGAGGGUCUUGCGAGGUUCUCACGUUCUCCAAGGUUCCCUCACAACAACAGAAUGAACUCAAGAGCAAUGACAGACGGAAAGCAUUCCUGCAUGAUCGAAACUGGCGGAGAAGCAGAUGAACACUGUCACCUCUCUCCUGCAUCGAGAUCUCGCCGGAACCUUCAUCUCCCAAACCUGGGGAACCUGCUGGGUGAUGAGCUGCGGCAGUUCAACGCACUACGCCGCUGCCGUUCCCCGGUGAGAGGAAACUGUAAAAGCGUAUCUCCAAAACCACACCCCAAAUCUGACCAUCCUUUACAUGACACACCUCAAACGAUUCAGGAGGGAUUCAGUGCACGGAAACCUAACAAACUCCUCAUUCCUACGCUCAGCUGCUUCGCACCACCUGACCUCAGCCCAAGGGUGGUUGACGGGAUUGAGGAUAAUGGACGUGUGUUUCACUUCAAUGCCGAGCACAGCGGGAGCAGCACUAGCACAGCAAAAGGUAACGAUCAGGUGAACAGCACACUGCUCCAGGAUACAGAGGAGGUUCGAGAGAGCAUCAGUCAGCUCAAUAAAAAGAUGGUCAGCCUAAACCAAGAAGUGUCUCAGCUAACGAAGGACCUGCAUCACAUGAUGCACCUUCUACAAGCGCAAGCAGCUGCUCAUCACUACACCACCUCCAUGUCCUCUUACCCCUAUGGAGUGCACAUGGUACACACAAACACCGCGGCAUACACCACCGGCGUGCACUCUCAUCAGGAAUCCCAAGGCCUUUAUCAUCCUCAUCAUCACCUUCAGACUGAUCACGCUGUGGCUGAGAACGUCGUCCACAUUGGAACAAGCGCAUGGAGCCACACGUCAGAAAUAGGUGGAGGUCGGACAGGUGCACAACCCGAAGUGUUUGGACAACUUCCCCAUUUUGAUCCUAGCAGCACCCGUGAUCCUACAUCUUCUAAAUCAAGUUUAAUUAACAAUGACACAUCUGCAUCCUCCUUCUAUCCAGCAAAAGGAUACAAGAAACAGGAAGCACCAGGUCAGGAUCACGGGAUCCUCGCUAGCAUCAGUCGCUCUCAGCCUGUUCUGUUCAACCGGGACAAACCAAACCAAGUCUCUUUAGAUCUUCAUUUACUUUCCAGCGCACCAACAUCCACUCACUCCCUGCUAAUCGCUAGCCACACAAAUCCGAUCCAUCACAAUCCUCCGUCCACUAGCGAACCAAAUCUGGAAUCAGACACUGACAUUCCGGACACGGUCCUGGAAGAGGUCAGUGAUGACCAGGAAGACACUGUCCUGCUGGCGGAUUUGAGCAAAGUGGGAAACACAAGUCGCGAGUGCCUGCUAGCGGAUGACGGAUCUAUGGAAACCCAAGACAUGGAGACGUCCGAAUCAGAAUCAACAAAGCCUGACGUUGGGACUCAAAAUGAAAGCAGCGGCUCUGAAACUUCUUGGUGCCUCGACUUGAUGGACUAAUCCAAGACUCUUGAGAAAGUAUAUCCAAAAUGUUUGCAGUGAUAUGGGGUUUUUUUUGUUUGUUUUUUUGACAAGGGAUUGUCUUUUCCAUCCCGUCCGUGCAAAUAACUUAAUAACUAUGCAAGACGCAUGUUGAUUGUGCAUUAUUCCUUAUUUACUCAAUCAAUACUCAGUAUACCACACGAAUAGCUUGCCUUUGAAUUUAUGCACAUUCCAGUCUAAAAGUCCGAGUCCACUAAUUAUUAAUACUCUGUACAUUUCACAUCGCAGUAUCGUCAUAAGUGUUUCCGGCCAAUAAGAAAACGUACUGGUUGUAGUUGUGGCAGUCUGGGAAAACCCAUUGGAUGUCACUGUGGUGGAAAUAAUUUUUAUUAAUACUUGAUACUAUGUUGUUCUUUCGACUGCUCCCUGUUUGGGGUCACCACAGCGGAUCAUUUGGUCCGCAUGUUUCAAUUUGGCACAGGUUUUACACCGGAUACCUUUCCUGACACAACCCUCCCAUUUAAUCCAGGCUUAGGGCCGGCACUGAGAGGUAACUCUUCAGUUGCUGGGUUAGCUCCCUGCCCGGGAACUGGACCUGGGCCGUGGCAAUGAGAGUGCGGGAUCCUGCCUCUGGACCACGAGGAGGCUCUAAUACUAGAUACUAUAAUUAUACAAUUCAGUAGUGUAGACUAUACUACUUAACAGUCUGGGAUCUCUAUUUUAACAAAAAAGCAUAAGUAUGUUUCACCACAAUGUUUUAUUCAUAUUAUUUUGUUAAGUGUCAGAAUUUGACCAUAGCUGUAGCAAUCAGAUCAGAUAUCACUCUUAUUGCUCUUGUUCACUCACGUCAUCAUCUAAACAGAGAAUAGCAUUUAUCUGAACAGACGACUUUAAAACGUCUCAGUGACCGAACACAAAGACAAGAAAUGAAACUAAUAAUUAUUUCCCAUCAGUGGAAAUGAUGAGCCUCAUGUUUAAAGUGACUUUUACCUCAGAUGAAGUGACAACUCAUUUCUCAUCAUGAAGUUAACAGUAAUUUACCUCCAGCUUUUAGUUGUUGUUCUUUUGGCUGCUCCCUAUGCAUGUGAGGAGUCACCACAGCAGACCAACUGGUUCACACAACAACUUGGCACAGGUUUUACACCAGAUGCCCUUCUUAGGACCAGCACUGCAUCCAGUGGCGGGGGUUUGGGCACUGGCUGGGAAACAAACCCAGGCCUUCCGGCUGGUAGGCGAGACACCUACCACUGAGCCACCAGCACCCUACCUCUAGCACUUAGUCGAAUUAAAUAAAUCAUUACAUACAAAUUUUAAAAUGCUAGAAAGUUCCUUCUGGUUGAGAAAACUGUAUUAUAGUCUGUUUUUAUUAUAAAAGUAAAUUAUGUCCAUGUAUGUGGAAGCCAUGUGAUAGGUUUUCCCAGACCCUGGAUGACGAGGAGUGUUCAUGUUUGAGUUGACUGGAGUCAGACUUUUGGACUGGAUUGUGUACACCGUGGUGAACUAUCAGGGUGUUUAUGAAACCCUUUUUUUGGGCAUUUUAAUAAAUCAAGUGGAUUGCCGAACGUAAACAAUCCGCCGUGUAGCAUUUUGAUGGUAGCAUUCGCUCGAGUUCCUUCAGACUUAGACGCAUCACACUAGAUGCACACUAAAUGUUUUUGGUUUUUUUUCUAGUUAGAAUCUACAGUAUGUUCUGUAUUUCUUCUUACCUUCGUGCAUGGUAAAGUUUAACGUUCUUUUUUCCUAAGGAAAAGGUAUCAAGUGAAAUGUGUUCACAUUAUGAAUGUUUGAAUGGUAGGACUUCACAAGAUUUAGCACGUGCACUGUUAGACUGCUUUUUUUCUUUUGUUUAACAAACCAUUCCUGAGAAAAAAGAAAGAAAAAAGCUCCCAAUCUCUUCGAUCACCAUCUCAGUUUAAAAAUUGCUCACUGAUCAAGAACAUAUAGCAUUUCUUUCCUUAGUGCGACGAUGCAGUCAGAUUUUGUUUAUUAAUGAACUGAAAUCUUACAACAGGUUAGGUUUGGUUUUAUUUUUACUGUAAAGGAUAAAGUUGUGUGUGUGUGUGUGUGUGUGAGAGAGAGAGAGAGAGAGAGAGAGAGAUAGAGAAAGAGAGAGAGAUAGACAUGCUGCAGCUUACACUGUUUCACAUUUGCCUAAGUGUAUAUUUUACACUCAUGAAUGAUUAAUGAGGAAUUGUUAGCGAACAAGAACAAGAACUCAGUGAAAGAAUGACAGGAAUAGUGGACACAUUAUGCAACACACACACACACACACACACACACACACACACAAACACACACACAGUUUUUGAGUCGGUUUUGCAAUUCAUCAGAAUUUUUCAAAAUAAAUCGGAAAAAAAACCCUUAAACACUUAUUUCUAUAAAGACAUUUUUAAAUAAAUCUCUUUUUAACAAAAUUUGUUACUGCUGUACCAACAAUCCUGACAUUUUUUCCUGAAUGUGAAUGCAAUGCAGCUAAUGUGAUUUAUUCCCUUUAAAAUGUGAAUUGAAUUAAUCAGUUUAUUUAUUUAUUUAUUUAUUUACUUAUUUAUGUAUUUAUUUAUUAUAUUUUCAUUUCCCAAUAAAUAUCUAAAAAAUAUAUAUAUAUGUUUCACACAUACAUAAAAUGAACACGUCACAAUAAUUCUGCACAAAAUGUACUACUUGAAUUCUGAUGAUGAUUAUUUUGCCUGAUGAUGAUGAUCUUCAUCCGUCUGACUGUAAGAUAAAACCCCAACGGUAUUCACAUCUUUUGCAUAUUUAUUCUUGGAGAAAGCGUGUAUACUCCAUAUAUCGGUUUCUGCAUGACGAGCAUUUCCCCCUCUAUGCAUUAUGUUUGGUUUGAGCAUGAAAUGUAAAAAAAAUAAAUAAUAAAUAAAUAUUUGUUAUAUUAAACAAAAUUUUA